CAUUCAGUCAUUUCUUUCAUGUUAAUUCUAUCAAUAUGGCCGAUAUCAAGGCGUUUGAAUAUUCAACAUUGAAAGUGCCAUACGAGGUUUUGAAUAAAAAGUUUAGGACAGCGCAGAAAAUUAUUGACCGUGAAGUAUCCCAUGUGUUUGCAGCAAACUCGAAUUUGUCGAUGAUGGUAAAAAGUCAGUCGUUGAAAAUGUGUGAAGCGACAAAUGCUUUAGACAACGUCAUUGAUAAACUUCAAAUGUUGAAAAAAAAGUGUGUGGAAUGUGUAAUUGCUGAGGAGAAGUACACAGGCCAUCUUCAUACACGCUUGGAGCAUCUCAAGGAACAUGCAGAUGAGCAAAAAAGCUCUGUAAUUUUGUGGAAAAAGAAACGUGUCGACAGAAUGUUAGUUGAUCAUCUGUUAAGAGCCGGUUACUAUGAAACAGCCAGUAAACUGGCAGUUGAAGCCCACAUUGAGGAUUUGGUUGAUGUUGACUUAUUUGUAACAGCAAACAAAAUUGAGAAAGCUCUUCAAGAUCAUAAUGCAGGUCCUUGCUUAGCAUGGUGUCAUGAGAACAAGUCAAGAUUGAGAAAGUUAAAGAGUAACUUGGAGUUCAAUGUCAGGACACAAGAAUUUAUUGAACAUAUUCGAGCCAACUAUAGACAAGAGGCUGUGAGGUAUGCUCGUAAGCAUUUCAGUUGUGCAGAUACUACACCCCCAGAAGAAUUAAGAAAGAUAAUGGUUGUACUUGCAUUUUCUCCCUCAAAUGUUUGCCAAAAAUACAAGAAUUUUUUUGAUCUCCAACGAUGGAAUGAUUUGGCUCAACAGUUUAAACAAGACAAUUUUGCCUUACAUCAUUUAAAUAUGGAUUCAACAUUAACAGUCACCUUGCAGACUGGUCUAUCUUCCUUAAAAACACCACAUUGUGGUGUUGAAGGUUAUAUGAAUGCUGAAUGUCCAGUUUGCUCAAAACAAUUGCUCGAACUGGCCAAUUCAUUGCCCUAUUCUCACUGUGCUCAAUCAAGAUUAGUGUGUCCUAUAUCUGGUGAGGUCAUGAAUGAAAAUAAUCCUCCAAUGGUUUUACCCAAUGGAUAUGUUUAUGGUCAAAAUGCACUUGAAGAGAUGGCUCAGAAAAGCAAUGGAAUUGUCACAUGUAUGAAGACAAAGUUAAAAUUUUUGAUGGAUGAAGCUGAAAAAGUAUAUGUUAUGUAGUAGAACUGUUGUAAUAUUUGCAAUUAUUGUAAAUAGGCUUGAUAUUUAUGAACAUACAUGAGAAUCACUUUGAA